AUGGUUGCCGCGUGUUCUCUUUGGGCUGGCUUAUCUUUUCCAUCGGCGUGGGCUGGGGGUUUGACCGACCCUGUUCUUUCCUCUCGCGUGGUAGAUUUCGUUUCGAUUCCCGUCGAUUCUCCGCUGUUCUUGCCUGCUUUGGUCUGGAGGGGCUGUUCGUGGGAUCUCUUCAGCUGUUCGUUCGGCCGGCGCGGCCGGCGAGGCCGGCUGGUUUCCCUGAGGUGUCUGGAGGGGCUGUUGGUGGGAUCUCUUCGGGUGUUCGUUCGCCCGGCGCGGCCAGCGCGGCCGGCUGGUUUCCCUGAGAUGAUGCCAUCCCACAUCCUAAGUGGUUACCAGUACAAACCUAGGGGCAUAGAUGUAUACUCAAGCAGGAUGAAAUAUCUGGACAGUAUAUUCUGCACCGUGGCAACCAGAAUAAGGUGGAAUUUCGGAUGAACCAGGAACAAAUGAGCUAUAUCUGCAGAGAAAACUACAUCAAGCAUGGUUCACUGAUUCUUGUGAGGUUGAUAAGUGGGAGGACAGCAUUCACCUCUUUCUGGAGAAGAUUGACGACUGAAUGAAGCAGUAAGACUGCUGUUGCUGUAGGUUGUUACGGAUUAGGUUGUUAUGGAUUAGGUAGUAAGACUGAUGUUGCUGUAGGUUGUUGUUUAUCUCGUAAGACUGUUGUUCUAGGUUGAUGUUUAUUUCUGUUAUGAAUGCUGCUUGCAAGGAG